AUGGCGGUCGCCACAGAAGAGGAUAAGGCUGCAGCAGCCGAUGUCCUGCGCGACUGCUUCGGGAAGGAUGGCAACUUCACAGUGAUCGUGGUGGAAGAGCUCCUUGCCGAUGGAAACCGCUUGGCGUCGGAAGUGAAGCGGGUGGAGUUCAAGGUGUGGCGGAGCCUGUUGGCCAGAUGGUCACCGGUCUUCGACAAGAUGGUCAGUUCCGAGAUGUUUACGGAAGCCUCGCAGGCGCAAGUGGUCAUUGAAGACUUCUCCACGCCCGCAGUGGAAAUCUUCCUCCGCUUCCUCUACUCUGGGGUCGUGGAGGGCCCGCUGACUACACUGGUAGAGGUUGGGAAAAUGGCUGACAAGUAUCAAGUUGACCAGCUGCACGCGCUGUGCACGCAAGCGGUCCGCAAGGGCAUGAAGCCCGAAGUGGCCUGCGAGCUCCUUGCCUGUGCAGACCGCCUAGAGGUGGCGAGCCUGCGACGCGAAGCCUUGGAGCAGAUCUGGAUCCACCCGAAGGCCGCGCUGAAGUCUCGCCCUUCGCUGCGGGCCAAGCUGCUUGAGGAGAUCUUGGACUCGCCACUGCUCUGCGUGGAUGACGACGACUUGGUGUCCAUCCUCAACAGCUGGGGCCACGGGAAGAAGCGGAAGGUGGCAUCAGAGCAGGACGAGCUACAGCCGAUCAUCGACAGCCGCGUGGCAGAGCUGCGGGCUCAGAAGCCGCGCAAGAGCCGGCAACACAGCGUAGAUGUGCUGCAGACCCUCUGGUGCCUCUAUGAGGAGGAUGGGAGCAGAGGCACCUUCCUGGGUUACUGGGUUACCAUCAUCCCGGGUCAGCUGAAGGGGCCCUUUGCGCAUGACGACCUCAGCGCCUUGAGGGACUAUGCCAGCAACAGCACUUGCCUGUGUCUGGGCAAGGGCUGGCUGAUCUGGAUGCUGCCGCAUUUCUCCGUGUACCUCACGAGCUUCUCCUUCUGCAGCGCAAUGUUGGGGAGCGUCCACUUUCAGAUCCUGUGCUCCGGCGAUGGUUGCAACUGGCAUGUGGCGCUGGCUUCAAACAGGGAGGACCUCAAGGCCUGGAAGCCGGUGCCCUGCGAGAAGCCCCCGAACCUUGUGAAGUGGUUCAAGUUGGAGGUCCUGGAAGGGGAGUUUAACAACGACUUCUGCAUCCACGGCAUCCUCCAGGAAGACUGA